GCAUCCAGACAAAGGCCUGCCCCUUUUUCAUGAGGAUCUCUCUACCGCCAUCGUUACUUUACGUGUAAUCACGAUUACUAAAUCUGAUUACGCUACUUUUUCAUAUUUCAAGACGUCGGUUACAGUGGAGGUAACGUCCGGCAUGGAUGUGGAUCACCACGAGCCCACCGGCGAGACAAAAUCGGCCAUUAAUACUUGGCGUUAUCGCCACCAUUUCACGUACAAGGCAGAUCAAGGAAAGAAUAUCAUCGUCCAGUGUAAUCUGUGUUUACCGAGGGUUAACCUGCUGUCCACGUCGAAAACAUCCACAUCAAACCUUAAGAAGCAUUUAGACAGAACACACUUGGGUUGCGAAGCCAGGCCCGACGCCAAGAGGGGGAGAAAGAGGGAGGAAUUCAAUGGCGAGGAAAGCAGGCAUUUCCAACUCAAGAAGCUGAAGGCAGAAAUCAUCUCCAAAUGCCUGACCCAGUCCAAGAUUGAUGAUCUCAUCUUUAACUUCAUCGUGGAGGACUGCCAGUCGUUUUAUUUGCUGGAGCAGCCUGGCUUCAAGAAGCUGGUCAUGGGGUUGACUGAAGGGCUGAAAUGCAUGAACAGGGUGACUCUGUUCACCAAGGUGGACCAGAACUUCUCCCGGAUGCGAGAGGUGCUGAUGGCGAAGCUCAGCAACAUCCAGUACGUGUGCACCACAGCGGACAUCUGGUCAGCCAACAACAGGAGCUUCUUCGGGAUGACCUGCCACUGGAUCGAUCAGGAUUCUCUGGAGAGGAAAUCUGCCGCUUUGGGGUUCUCGCGGCUGCAGGGCCGGCUCACAUACGACACCAUAGCCUCGCGGAUACACGACAUCCAUGUGGCGUACAACAUUGAAAGUAAAGUUCAGACCACGGUCACUGACAAUGGCAGCCCAUUUACCAGCGUAUUCAAAGAGUUUGUUGCGGACAGCCAGGAGAGUGAUGAUGACAUUGGGUACUAUGAGAAUGUGAGCAGCGUGCUUGAGGGUGAACCUGAGCAGGACAUGCUCCUAUUUUUGCCCGCCGUCCAGCGCUGUGCGUCACACACCUUGGAGCAAAUCAUCACAGAGGACUUCUGGCAGUCGGUGUCGCAGGGGCCCAUGUGCCAGCUGCAUUACAGCGCCAUGGCCAAGGUGUUCUCCAUCUGGAACAAAUGCCACCAUCUCCAGGUGGGAAUGGACGCCGCGGAGGAGAUUGGCAAGAUGGCGCUUUUUGUCCCCGCCGUCAUCCGCUGGAAUGUGGAGUACUGUGCUAUGCAGAAGGUCGUCUCUCUCAGCGAGCGGGAGCUGACGGAGCUCUGCGCCCGCCUGGAGGUCCCUCGCUUGCAGCCAGAGGAGAUGGCCUUCCUGAAGGAGUAUGUGACUGUUUUCCACCCGCUGGCUUUUGCACUUGAACUUUUCCAGGCGGAGCAGAAGUGCUACCUGGGCCUGGUUAUCCCCACCGUCCUCAGUCUGAAGAACAAACUCAAUGAGCAGAAAGACGCGGCAAACUACUUUGGGGAGGUCAUCAGUGCCAUCGUCAUGGCGAUCGACGUGCGUUUCCAGGAGCUCUUUGCGAGCACGGAGGCGAAGAUUGCGACGGCGACGACUCCUCAGUUCCGCCUGUGGUGGAUGGCCGCUUCCGAGAGAGAGGACAUGUGCUCCCUGCUGGCCACGGAGGCAUCUCAGGUGGACCUGUGCAGUGAAACCGAAGCAAACACCAGUCGGAACCUGUCCACCAUCGUGUCCGAGGACGACUUCUUCAGCUACGGGUCUGUGAAGCCCACCACUCCCAUCAAGCAGCGGGGAGUGAUGGAGGAGAUCCGGAAGUACGUGGAAGGAACCGGGAAGAGCCUGGAGUGUCUGCAGGAUUUCCCAAGAGUGAAGCAGCUUUUCCUGAAGUACAACACCACCCUGCCGUCCACGGCCCCCGUGCAGCGUCUCUUCAGUCAGAAAGGCAACCUGGUCACGUCGCAGAGGAACUUUCUGACGGACGACUACUUUGAACGGAUUCAGCUCCUGAGAUACAACAGCAGCGUGUGCUCCUUGGCGACUGAGUGAAUGCGUCACUGGUGAUUCGUUCUCUGCCUUUUGAUUGAUGCAGAAUCAAACCACAUUGUGCUAAAAAUCAUAACAGUUCUAUCUCGUAUUAGGCACUUUAGCCCCGACAUGUUUUCUAAUGUUCCUCUUCUACCUGUUCGAUUGGAAUAUUGUGCAUCUAUCACUCCAGAAUGGCUUGUUGAGUAGAAAAAACAAAAAAA